AGAGGCUUAUGACUGGCUGCAGCAUGAUGCCAUGGGAAUGGUCACAGCAGUUGCCAAAGGAAAGUGAAAGUAGCUGUGAGGACAAAGAUAGCAAGACCUGAGCCUUUUGGAAAUUUACAAGACCGCAGUGUUCAGCAGUCUGCCUUCAUCCCGAGCUUGCCUGUGUGACUGAAAAUGGCUGCAACAUUGGACCAAUUUGUAAGAGGUGUUCAUGUGGAAAUUGUUAACAACUGUGAGAAUCAAUUGUUCACCUCACCUGCGUGUUACAUUUACAGCGGUUAUAUAUACAACUUGCCAACACCCUUGAUCCACCCUGGGAAGAAAGGAGAUGCUCUGUUUGUUAAGACUUCAGGCACGGCUCGCGGUAGUGUUGGGGUGCUCACCUAUGCUUUUGGUUAUACCCAGUUCUCACUGCUGUUCUCAAACCCCUUUGAUUAUAAUCUGUACUCUACAGUUUUUGCUUUAUACAUCCCAAAUGAACCUGAAAUGACAGAUGAAAAACUGUAUUACAAGCUGUACUACGAACUUGAACCUUCAAGUUGUUUCGCUAGAGUAGAAUUGAGAUCAGAAACUCAACAGAUUAAUGUCAUUGGAGGGAAUGUAGCUAUUUCAGCUACUGUAACAAAAACAGGACACUGCUCUAUCAGGAUCAGAGAUGUUUACUUGGCUGAUAACGACGAAUCUAAUUUUUCAGAAACCUUUCCAAUCAAACAACAAUGAAGCUACCACAUACAUGUUUAUAAUUCAUUUCUUUAUAGAACAUAGAACAUUACAGCACAGUACAGGCCCUUCGGCCCUCGAUGUUGUGCUGACUUGUCAUACCAAUCUGAAGCCCAUUUAACCUACACUAUUCCAUAGUAUUUGAUAGUACUGGCCUUAUAUAUCACUAAAAAGACUUCCCAACUUAUACACAUCAGAGCAAUUCACAAGAAAUGCUAACUAAUGUAAAAAUAAAGCAACAUUUAUAUGUUGUGAGGAAGUGCUGAUUACUUGGCAAACAAACUCUAAUUGGUAGAUGCAUUGCUAUGGACAAUUCACCAGUUAAUCAUGACUGAUAGUUAGCUACCAAGUCAAGUUUAAAUUUAAACCAGGCAAGAUUGACAUAGCUUGGUCAAAGUGUUACCAUUGGAGAAAUACACUAGAGAAUGGCUAUUAUCUGCUUUGUUGUCUUGACAUAAAGUCUGCCCUUUUGUUUAGCAAUGCUCACACCUUGCUGAUAUAUCUUAAAAUAUUGUGUUGGUAGAAUGUACUCAGCUUUGAAAAUGUUAUAUUGACAAACACCAGUGUAGAGCCAGUUGAUCUUGAUCGUGAGAUAACACAGUGUGACGCUGGAUGAACACAGAAGGCCAAGCAGCAUCAGAGGAGCAGGAAAGUUUGACAUUUCGGCUUGCUGCGUUCAUCCAGCGUCAUACCGUGUUAUCUCAGACUCUCCAGCAUCAGCAGUUCCUACUGUCUCUGAUCUUGAUCCUGAUUCAGAUUUUGUGAACCUUUGAAGUCUACAGAGACCAAUGUUGAACAGAUUAGAGCAUGCAAAGUGUUUUUUUUAUUUUGAAACAGUUUACUGAUUAUGUGAACAAUCCUAAUGUAAACCCUGUAAUUAUGUAAACCUGAUCCCACUGGUUAAAUUGCUGUAAGUUUCAAUCUUUAGUCAUGAAUGAUUCUGAUUUUGCCACACAAUAAUGGAAUGCAAAACCAGCAAGCAAUUAGGGAACAGA